AUGAAUGAUAACAAUUUGGACGCAUAGUAAUAAUAAACUAGAAGUGGAUAGUCAUAAGCAACAUAUAAAUCUAUUAAAUCACAGAAUAUUGAGUUACAAAUUAACACUAACACUCUCAUUUAAUAAGAAAGUUCAUAUCCAAAUGUUCCAUAAACAAGGCAAUCAGAAAAGCUAUUAUGUUCAAAAUGCAAUGUUCCUGUAGACUCUGACAUAUCUUAUGAAAUGGGGAAAGGAAGCUACGUAGUAAUUAUUAUUUUACUUGCAUUAAUAAUUACUUCUUUUCUUGCAUUUCUCCCUUGCUUAUUAAACAAUUGCAAAGAUGUAUAACAUAGAUGCUCAAAAUGUACUAAACUACUAGGCACAAAAUAAUUCUUAUUUGGAUGA